GAGAGAGAGAGAGAGAGAGUGUGUGUGUGUGUGUGUGUGUGUGUGUGUGUGUGUGUGUGUGUGUGUGUGUGUGUGUGAGGUGUUCAGUUGUAUAGCUUCUUUUCUCUGGUUCCAUGACAUUGCUGCACAUUUCCUGUGAAGCUCAGCACAUAUUCACACAGAGAGUGAUGGCGGGUGAAUCGCCUCCUGACCCCACAUUCGACCCCAAAGAAGAGAAACAGAUGAUGGACUUCUUAACACAGCAAGUACAGAUGCUCAAAGAGAAAGCUAGGCUGCAGGCAUCAGUGCGAGAAGAGAAAAAGCUCUUGGUGGAAAACUCUAAGCUGAAGAAAGACAUUGAUGAGCUGAAGAGGAAACUGCAGGAGACACAAAGAAGGAAAGCCAUGAAACUCCAUCAGGAGAGGGUCCUAACUGCUUCAGUAACUGCAAUAAAGACGGCCCUCUCGGAGGUUCCUGCUCCACCUGAACCCAUGUCUGCGUCUAAACCUCAAAGAAGCAAUACACACAUACACAGUGAGGGGAGACGAAGGAGGGACCGCCGAGGGAUCAGAGAGGAAGUAGGCGGGGCCUCUAAAGGAACUGCUAAGACAGUGUGUGGAUUGGAGCGUGACCCAAGGCCUGACAUUUCCCGGUUGGACCUAAGAAUUGGACGUGUCCUGGCAGUUCGGAAACAUCCGGAUUCAGAGUCACUCUAUGUCCAGGAAGUGGAUGUGGGAGACUCUGCCCCUCGAACCGUGGUUAGCGAACUGGCCAAUCACAUGCCUCCAGAGCAGCUACAGGACACUCUGGCAAUUUUGCUUUGCAAUGUUCGGCCGGUGAAGGUGCGUGGUGUUCAGUCUCAGGCUCGAGUGCUCUGUGCCAUCAAUCAACACAGGAUGGAGCCUUUAACCCCGCCCACCGGAGCUCAGCCCGGAGACAGAGUGACCUUCCAGACCUAUCCAGGUGAAGCAGAGAGAGAGUUGAACCCGAAGCGACGUGUUUGGGAGUGUUUACUCCCCGACCUGCGCAUUGAUGAAAGGGGCGUGGCCACUUACAGGGACGUGGCCUUCGAGGUCAGGGGCAAAGGCCUCUGCAGAGCACCUACCAUCAGCAACGGUGGCAUCAAGUAAAGGUUAUUGCCACGGUUACCAGCAAACAACGUGUACGGGUCAAUAAGGAUAUCAAUAAUUAAAGUGUGGUUAAUAACAUCACAGAA